CGGCCGCCGGCCACCUGCAGGAAGUUGGCCGUCCACUUAUCUCCUCCCUCCUUCGGCUGCAGACAGAUAACAGCGGCAACAGUUGAACAGAGUGGCAGCUCCUCAGCACCGCAACCUGAUGGACACUAAAACAGUGUAACGGUCUCCCGAGCAGCUCGGAAACAGGCUCUGGUCGUUGUGUUUCGGGACUGGCUGAGCAGAGGUUAGCGCGGCUCAUAAAAAAGUUGCUGUGAUAGAAAGAGGAAGGCUGCGGGACUAAAGACGCGAAGCUCUCCCCCAGUUUGGAUCCAGUGCGCAGCAGCGGUGAUCGGCAUCAUGAGCGUCCCGCUUUACGCACCGACCCCAAUUCAGCCGGCACACCCGACCCCCUUCUACAUCGAGGACAUUCUGGGGAGGACCUCCACCACCACCUCCACAUCUCCGUCCUAUUCUUCAUCGCCAACGUCUUCAUCUUCCUGCUCCACUCCGGUCCUCCCCACGCCGACUCUCCCGUCUCCCAACUCGUCCUUCAAAAGUUUGAUCUCGCCGUACAGAACCCCGAUUUAUGAACCCACGCCGAUCCACCCCGCGCUGUCGCACCACGCUGCGCUGACGGCGACGUACGCCUCGGCGGGGGCUUUCACCGGCUCCUUUUACCCGUUUCACCAGCAACACCACCGCUCCAUGGGGGAGUACGCACAGGCGCUGCUCAGGCACGACCCUCUCGGGAAGCCUCUGCUGUGGACGCCGUUCAUUCAGCGGCCCUUACAUAAGAGAAAAGGCGGCCAGGUGCGCUUCUCCAACGACCAGACCAUCGAGCUGGAGAAGAAGUUUGAGACGCAGAAGUACCUGUCACCUCCGGAGAGGAAACGCCUGGCCAAGAUGCUGCAGCUCAGCGAGAGACAGGUUAAAACCUGGUUCCAAAAUCGACGUGCGAAGUGGCGAAGACUAAAACAGGAGAAUCCUAAGAGGGAGGUGGAGGAUAACAGUUCCAGAGGUAAGAAAGGAGAGGAGAUGAUGGAGGCUGCCGGAAUCCAGAACCAGGAGCAGAGACAGCCAGGCUCGGCACCCGAGUUGGCGCAGGCGGGACACUGUGUGUCCUCACAGCAGACCCACACAGAGCUGGACUCUGACGUGUCAGACGACACAGACCAGGAACUGGACAUAGAGGACGACGAGGACUUCACACUAAACUCCCAGUUCUGAAACACAGGCUCCAUAAAGAUAGUGGAAAUGAUAAAGAUCUGCCUCGGACACUGAAGCUCUCAUGCGUCCUCGACUGUCGGGUCGCUGUAACUCCUUCCUCCUCCUUCCUCCUGCUCCAGCCUCGUGACUUGCAGAUUGAUAGACUGGUUCCUGAUGUAAUACUAAGACAAGUCAGCCCCUCAAACCCGCGUCCAGAGUGCCUUUCACCAGAACUGUCUUCUUUGUUGAACCUGUGUACAUAUGCGUAAUGUUCUGUAACUGUGUGUGUGUGUGUGUGUGUGUGUGUGUGUGUGUGUGUGUGUGUGUGUGUGUGUGUGUGUGUGUGUGUGUGUGUGUGAGAGAGAGAGAGAGAUGUUCUUCAGAUGAAUAGUAUGCAUGUAGAUCAGUUUCUCUGUACUGUAGCAUACACGUGUUUUUAUAGCGUGUUUUUUAGUUCUUUUUGUCUUGUUUUGUUUUGCGCGCGCGCGUGUGUGUGUCGGCGUGUGUGUUUUAUGUGACAUUUUAUUAAAUAAUCAAUGUAGCGCAAAUUCAGUUUUGUCUGAUGUCUAAUAAACUAUUUUCUGAC